AUGCGUGUAAAAAAAGGCAACAAACAAGAUAUUACAGCAAAGCACAAAGAACUGGCACAGACCAUCGCUUCAACAGAGCUUGCUGCAAAGAUGGGGCAAUUUGAUGCUCAUCAUGAGGAUAGUCCACUGUUCAAGUUCACUCGAGGGUACAUGGCAAUGGUUAUGGAGAUGAUGACGUUUAUCAGAGCCGUGCAGACAGGAGACGGGGAUCUCCAUUUAGAAGCCUACAGUUGUUUGUGAAGUACUUCUUUGCGCAAGACAUGCUAAACUACGCUCACAUGAUUCCUGUUUACUUGGCAGAGAUAGAGAUAGUAAAGGAGACCGAUCCUGAAAUCUAGCAGGAGUUCCAGAACGGUAACUGGGUGGUGAAGAACAACGCGAAGGUAGCAUUCUGUGCCGUUGGCGCCGACGGGCCUGAACACGUCAAAAGAUCAAUGAAAGUCUCAGGUGGAUUGAUUGCCAUCAGGCUGAACCCUACUGCACGCACGAAGUAUUUUUUGAUUGCACCUGGGUUAGCAAGGCUGGCAGAACAAGCCAAGCUGAUGGCAGGUACUUCAUCCAAGACUUAG